AUGGAUCACUCAAUUUCGAGAAUCCGCCACGAACCCGAAAUCUUACGCACCACCGUCUAUCCUCUUCCUCCGCAAGACGUUUUUGUGUUCCAGAUAAAGGUAAAAGAUAUGAUUGGAUUCUACCAGGAAGGCCAGUCGCUAUCGGAACCCUUUAUUCUGGAUUAUUGGCAGCACCGCAGUCCCCAUCUUUCCCAGGAUUUCCUAAUCCCCUUCCCAGACAUAGCCGAAAGCAACAGGAACCGCGCCAGGCAUACAAUACACGAAUUGCUCGGAGGAGUCGACAUUCCCAGGCAGAAACGACGGCCCUUACUGGGGAAGAUAUAUUCCGAGGCGAUGAGAUUGGCUAAGGAGUUUGAUUCCGACGGAGAAUACAAACGAAUCCCGAUUAUGGUGGAGAUCCAGAGAGUGUACACUAGACCGAUUAUUAGUAACGACGAAGUUGAGUCGGAGGAGGAUAGGGAGGCUGAGGUUCCGGCGUUUGAGGGAUUGGAGAGAAUUAGGGUUAAGGAAACAGAGGUUUGUGCGGUGUGUUUGGAGGAGAUGGAAGCGGGAUGGGAGGGGACUAUGUUGCCUUGCAAACAUAUCUUCCAUGAAAGAUGCAUCAAUGCCUGGUUAAUGAAGGCCAAUUUGUGUCCAUUAUGUCGGUUUCAGCUUUCUUACCCCUCUUUGACGACUUCGCCACAAGUAUUUGAAGAUGGAUGGAAUUAA